AAAAAAAGAAUCUAAACCAAAUUUUUCCCCGCCACAAUCCAUAGCCAGGUGAUACACAGAGGAUGUUUUUGAAGGAGCUAAUACGAUUUUCCACACAACAUCGGACGCUGUAUUGCUAUUUGAUUCUGAGUAUAUGGAUAUUUCUAUUAAUAGCUGGCAUGUAUAAAUACAUUGGUCGCAACACAAAUACCCUGAGCUACAUCCUCAAUGGCAAUUCACAUUUAUAUGGCUCUGGUGGGCUGACCUCAACUCCGGCAUUGGACCCGAAUAAUUUUGCAAAAUAUAAGACACGUUGCACCUCGCUGUCGCAAAUUCAACGCCUCGAUGAUGGUGGCAUUUUAGAUGGGUGGAAGUUACAGGGUGUCCUUAUGAUAAUCCGUCAUGGCGAUCGUGGUCCAAUGUCACAUUUACGUAGUGUACCGCAUUUGGAUUGUGGCAUAACUGGGGAUAAUUUGGUUAAUAAAUAUCGAAGUUUUUUAUAUAAUACGACAUCAAUAUCGGGAUCGAAUCAUAUGUAUUGGAAUAAGGUUGGGCCGUUUCAUGGAUUUCCGCUGCUGCCACUGGCAGAGAGAGAAUGUCUAUUGGGCCAGUUGACAUAUAAAGGCAUAGCCCAACUUCUACACGUUGGCGAUAUUCUGCAUCAAAUCUACGCCCACCCCUUGGGUUUAUGGAUACGCCAAUCGGCCAGCAAUGGUUAUGGCAAGAAUGUGGCCAAUUCGACACCCUAUUCCACACUGCUAAAUUCCGAUGAAGUGGUGGUCUAUACCACUCGGGUAAGGCGUACCUUUCAAUCGGCCUUGGCCUUGCUGUAUACCUUCCUGCCGACUGACAAAUGGCUGGCCCUAAAUGUCCGAGAAUCGCAUAGCAUUGCCUUUUGUUUUACCGAAUGUGUGUGCCAGAAGGCUGAUGCCCUGCGCAAGGAGCUACUGAAGACCCAGAAAAAGGCCCUGACCAAACAACCCAUGGUUACACAUGUUAUGCAUUGGGUGGGUAAUCAGCUGCUGCAGCACACCCCGAAUGGUAUCAAUGAUCCAAAUGAGGUGGUGGAUGCCAUGUUGAUGGUAAUGUGCCAUGAUGCACCAUGGCCCUGCCGGAGAGGUGGAGGUAAUGGCACCGAUCGUACCACAGCCAUUAGUACGAAGGUGAAUGAUAUGGACAUGAAUGAUGUUAUCAAUAUUGAUCAGGAUGAUGGAGGUGGUAAUGAUGCUGAUAUGGCUUCCAAUUUUAUUAAUGAUGAUAUGCCAGCCACCAAUAGCCCUGGUGAGGGUUGCAUAGAAUCCGACCAUGUCUCCACAAUGAUGUCCUUUUCCCAAUGGCAGUCGACAAGGGAGGUCCACCAUGCCUACUACAAAAGAAUUGGUUUACUUCGAGCCUAUGGCAUGAUCCGCCAUAUUGUUAGCUACAUGCUGCGUAUGAUAUCCGGAGAUCGUACAAAAUUUGUACUCUAUUCGGGACACGAUUGGACACUGCAAUAUCUAACAGCGGCCCUGGGUAUCCAAACGGAGAGUACAUUUAUUGCCUAUGCUGCCCGGCUGGCCUUUGAGGUAUAUAAAAGUGAAGCCCAUACCGAAUAUUAUUUUCGUGUUGUCUAUAAUGGUCAUGAUGUGACACAACAAAUUGAUUUCUGUGAGGGUGGUAAAAGUUUAAGGGUUACAAGAGAUAGUCGUGGUAAUAAGGCGGAUCUAUGUCCGAUUGAGAAUAUUAUUCGUUUCCUGCAUGAAGAUUAUUUUGGAUCAUUGAAUGCCACCAAUUUUAAGGAUGCCUGUGUUAUGGCGGCGCCCAACAAGGCAAAUGAGUUUUAG